AUGUUGCCUCCAAACAAGGCCCAGGUGUUGCUACAGAACACAGCGUCCCCUGGGCGGCCCCCUCAGGGCCCCUCACAAACUGCAGACUCCCUUUUCUAUAACCUACAACCUCAGCCUUGCCAACAAUCACUCCGCUCCACCCGGCCAUCUUGCUCUCCUCCCCCACGGUCCCACUCUGCGGGCUCCCAUCUCUACUCUUCUGACUCAAAUUCGGACUUUGUCUUACAUCCCUACUCUUCUUCUCUCUCAAAUUCCCCCACUUUCUUUCAUCAGAAUUGCCUCUCUCUCUCCCCUCCCUGUUCUUCCUCGCCUUCCCGCCAGCUAUACCCCUCUGCUACCCUCACUCACUCCUCGCCCUCUCAGCCACAGAACUCCUCUUUCCCCCGCUCACCUUGCCAGUCGCCUUUCCACCUCGAAGAUCUACCUACCUCCACUCUCACGUCCCCGAGCCCCAGCCCACCUUCUCGUGGGGUCCACUCUAACAGCCAGGCAUGGCACUCGCAUCAGUACAGGAACACCAGGUCCCCUGGGGUGGAGGGGGCAUGCAUGGCAAGCGGGAAGGACCCUGCAGAGUUCAAGGACCCAGGAGCCCUGGCCCAAGCCCUGGUGCUCCAUCUGGGGCACCGUCGUAUCGCCCACGACUUGCAGCUACUGCUUUUGCAGCGCCUGUGGCUAGGCCAAACCGACAAGGCCCCUGUCGUGGAGUACCCUGUAUGCCUGGUGUGUCUCCAGCUCCGCACCCCCUCUUGCCCCAUCCCCAGAUACAGGACUGGACCCAGGCUGCUUGCUUUCCCCCAGCUGCUGCCCUGUGCCCAGGGCAAGAAAUCCGGACCGCUCCGCAUGGGCAUUGGCUUUGGCCUCCGCCUGCCUCAGGGCCAGGCCAAGGCUCUGCAUCUGCUGUCAAAAAGAAGGCCGGAGGAAGCAGGGCUUCAGGCCAAGGCUGCUCAGGCCAGUGGGUGUCAAGCCCAGGUAGCUCAAGCCCCAGCAGCUCCGGCCCAGGCAGAUCUAGGGCCAGGCAUCCUCUCCCAGAACGGGAGCCUCAGGUCUGUAGGCUGCCAGUCACUAAACUCCACAAGCCAUUCAGGGUCUCUAACUCAGGCACUAAAACAGGCUACGGUCCGCUCGAAGCCCAGGCCUUCCUCUGCCCCAAAGAGACCUGCCUCUCCAGGGCCCAUUCCCCAAAAGUCACCACUCUAG